AAAAAUAUGUAUAAAGCAAAAACGAAGUAGAAGCUUAAAGAGAACUAACCGUUUUCCGAUCACCAUUGUAUUCCAAAAGUUUUUAGAAGCGAAAUGACAACCGUAAGUGCGUCUCCUGCGGCUAAGAGGUGGCUUCCUCUAGAAGCUAAUCCCGAUGUCAUGAACCAGUUCCUUUGGGGUCUGGGUCUUCCUCAGGACGCGGCUGAGUGCUACGAUGUGUAUGGCUUGGAUGAAGAACUACUGGCAAUGGUUCCACAGCCUGUUCUUGCCGUGUUGUUUCUUUAUCCCAUAACUGCACAGAGUGAGGAGGAAAGACUGGUGCAGGAAACUGACGAAAAGGAAUAUAGCAGUGAUGUAUAUUUUAUGAAACAAACUGUUGGAAAUGCUUGUGGAACAGUUGGGCUUCUUCAUGCAGUUGGGAACAUCACUUCAGAAAUCAAACUUGUUGAUGGAUCAUUCUUGGAUAGGUUUUUCAAAUCCACAGCAAGCUUGGGGCCACAAGAGCGUGCAUUGUUUCUAGAAAAUGACCAAGAAAUGGAAAUUGCUCAUUCAGUUGCAGCUACUGCUGGCGAAACAGAUGCCUCUGACGAUGUGGAUACUCAUUUUAUCUGCUUCAGUUGUGUGAAUGGGGAACUUUACGAACUUGAUGGAAGGAAGUCAAGACCAAUAUCUCAUGGUGCUUCCUCACCGAGCAGCCUGUUGCAGGAUGCUGCCAAAGUCAUACAGGGUAUGAUCCAGAAAAAUCCUCAAUCACUCAACUUCAAUGUAAUUGCUUUUUCAAAAAAGAAGGGAGAUACAUCUUAAGAAUGAAUAGGGGGAUGAACAAUCAGGCUGAUUAUGGAUUAGAGUUUUGCCAUGUCUUUCUGGUUGGCAUUAAAAUCUCAUUACUUGUCCAACUGCAGGAGAUGGUCGCAAAGAUACUAGUUUUCAAGAACCAAAGAUAAUUCCAUCUAUGAGUUGGUUGAUGUUCUUUUGAGGUUAUUUGUCUAUUUCAUUGGUGUCUUAAUAUACCGAGCAGUUGUUCAAACUAUUUCUUGCUUUGAUUCCAUCCGGAUUGAAUAAAUCCAAGCUACCAUUGCAGCCAAAAUUUGUUCAAACUUUAUGCGAAAUUGUUGUUAAAGUAGUCAAUCAUGAUUAUAGAAUUGCAAUAUAACGGUAUUGUAUGUCGAAAUUUCACAAAUCCUUGGUAAUUUUUCUGUA